AUGACGAGACAGGCCACCCGGUUCACCCCCGAGGUGCUGCUGUCGGCCCCGCGCCGCUCCACCGGCGUCCCCAACUCCACCGGCGAGCUGGUGCUCUAUACGGUCUCGUCCUACUCGUUCGACAAGCACGCCAAGUCUUCUCAGAUUCGCGUUCUUAGCAUCAAUGAUGGCUCUUCUCACCUCAUCUCUGAGGACACGGCUGCCAGCGACCCCAUCUGGAUUGGCAAGCAUGAGAUUGCCUUUAUCAAGACUAGUGACAAUGGGUGCUCUAUGCUGUACUCUCAGCACGUCUUUGACAAGUCGCCCCCACACAUGAUCCAUUGUUUUGCUGGUAGCAUCGCAAACCCAAAGGCCAAGCCCAUCUCUCAUCAUGAGGUUGCGUUCUGUUGCUCCGCCUUGACUACACCCCGGGGAGACAUGUACUGGCCUGCGGCUGAGACUAAGACGUACACCUCGGCCAAGAUCUACACCGGCCUCUUUGUCCGUCACUGGGAUGCCUGGAACAGUGAGAAUCAGAACUCUCUCUGGUAUGGUGUACUGUCCAAGAAGGACAGCAAAUGGGCUCUCGAGCAGUCCGGCCUUACCAACCUCCUGGCCGGCACCAGCCUAAGCUGUCCCGUGCCUCCUUUUGGUGGCGCUGGUGACUUUGAUAUCUCGGCCUCGGGCAUUGCUUUUGUGUCUAAGGACCCCGAGCUGAACCCCGCGAGGAACACAAAGACUGAUCUCUACUAUGUGCCUCUUAAGUCUUGGCUUGAGAAGCCUCCCGUUCCUCAAGUCGUUCACACUGGGACUCUACGGGGCUACAGCGUGGCCCCCUCCUUUUCCAACGAUGGCAAGAAGCUUGUAUUUGCCAGAAUGAGGCACCAGCAGUACGAGUCUGAUAAAACGAGGCUGUUGGUGAUCCCUGAUGUCACUGACCUGAGCAACGUGCAAGAGUUCUACCAGACGGAUGAUGACGAGGGUGGCUGGGAUCUCAGACCAGACUGGGCAGUCUGGAGGAAAGACGACAAGGUGCUGUAUGUCGCCGCCGAGAAGCACGGAAGAAUGGUGCUUUGGAAGCUACCUUCUGAUCCCCUCAAGGCUCGGGAGCUCCCAGAGCCUAUCCACGAGGAUGGAUCUGUUGUCGAGGCCCAUCUUUUGGGAGAUGGAGAUUCUCUCCUCAUCACAUCCAAGUCUCGGAUUGAGAGCUCAAGCUACGGUGUACUUGACCCAGACACCAAGUCGGUCAAGGUGGUUUCGGCUAGCUCUAAGAACGGAAAGUCUUUUGGCCUGUCCAAGUCCCAGUGUACCGAGAUCUGGUAUCCUGGAUCGACUGGCUACAACAAUCACGCCUUGGUCAUGCUGCCGUCGAGCUUUGAUUCAUCCAAGAAGUAUCCUCUGGCCUUUUUGAUCCACGGAGGACCACAGUCGGCCUGGACUGAUGACUGGAGCACUCGCUGGAACCCGGCCAUCUUUGCUGAGCAGGGAUACGUGGUGGUGUGCCCCAACCCGACAGGCAGCACAGGCUACGGACAAGCCCACAUUGAUGCUAUUGCCAACCACUGGGGAGGUGCUCCAUACGAUGACCUCGUCAAGUGUUUCGAGUAUAUCGAAAACCAGAUGGGCUAUGUCGACACGGACCGAGCUGUUGCUCUUGGAGCGUCAUACGGCGGAUACAUGAUCAACUGGGUGCAGGGCCACGACCUCGGACGCAAGUUCAAGGCCCUGGUAUGCCACGAUGGUGUAUUUUCUACGCAGAACCAGUGGUCUACUGAGGAGCUGUUCUUCCCUGAGCAUGACUUUGGUGGAACGCUCUGGGAGAACCGAGCUGGAUAUGCAAAGUGGGAUCCUUCUCUGCACACUGGAGAAUGGGCGACUCCCAUGCUGGUGAUCCAUAACGAACUCGACUAUCGUCUUCCCAUCUCGGAGGGACUGGCCAUGUUCAACGUGCUCCAGGCGCGAGGUAUUCCCAGCAAGUUUGUCAUGUUUCCCGAUGAGAACCACUGGGUGCUAAAGCCCGAAAACUCGUUGGUUUGGCAUAGAGAGGUGUUGGAUUGGAUCAACAAGUACAGUGGUGUUGCGGAUGAGUCCAAGCUGGAGAAGGAGACGGGCAAGUUGACCAUGUAA